AUUCUAUUCAAAGAUGUUGCGGAGGAGAACUGAAGGACGGAGUCUGUCAAGUAGCUGAAACUGAGAGCGGCAAUUUGUCGCUCAGGGGGAUUUUUGAUGCUGAACAUGGAACACUGAGUGAAGUUUUAGCAAGCGCGCUAGGAUGAUCUUUCCAGGGAAAAUUUAGAUAUUGUUUCAAGAUGGUUCAUCUCUACGUCCAGAAGCUCGUCAACAUGCUCAUGCUGCCGGUCGUCCAGCUCUUUCUCUUGGCGACACUUCUACCCGCACAGAAAUCGCAUUUUGUCGUCGCCGCUGCCUCCACCCAGGGCUCGACAUCUGCAGCACGUACCCUGUACACCGAAGGCUCCGGUCUUGUGCAACACCUCCUAGCGAAGCAGGUCACUUGGUUCGAACAUGGAUUAUUGGGAAAGCCACCACACCACCACCACGAACACGAGAGAGCAGAUGAACAUAGUUCCUCCAGCUCCUACGUGGUGAGCAACCUAGAGCGAAGCAAUCAACACGGCGACCAAAGUGAUCCUGUACAACCUGCUGAGCCACAGCACACCUCCCGAAGUUCCUCCAGAAACCUGUCCUUUCUUGGCAAGUUGGCGGCCUACACAGCAGCAAUUGGAAACGAAGUAUUUCUUGGAGCGAAACUGCUUACAAAGGCUGUUAUCCAGGAAUAUGAGGUAGUUUGUUUUUUGUCAUUCAUAUUAAUUUGCAGAAAAAAAGCGAGCCUUUGCUUUCACUUUAAGCUCGCACUCAUAUUACACGCAGACAAUGGCACGUCUGGUCGUGCAAGUAUGCAUGACAAAAAACGUGCUACAAUAGGUUUACUUGUCACGCAUAUUAAUUUGAGUUUGACUUUCGGCUUGUUCGUUUGGUAGCUCUAUUUAGGUCCUUUUAGCGUUCUGUUUUUUUUUCAGCACUGAGUUUGCCAGAAAGAAAUUCUGUAUCCAGAAUAACAAAAACCUUCAGUUUUACCGGCUGCACUACGGGAAGUACCCGAGCGGGUAUCAUCCGCGCAAGCAACAAACGGAGAGACGAACAGAAGCGCUGGCUGAGAAAAAGGUACUUCUUUUUCAUGGAUGUUGUUGAGGAUCAAUUAGGAUUGCAAAUUUUCAUCAGUAGUGUCCUGCAUCAGUGGCCUCAUGUGGGAGGUCCUCGAGCUCUCGUGAAAAAAAAAAGCAGAAAGAUACCUCAGCAGUAGAUACCAUUUCACAUAUAUUGCAACAGAUCAAGUCGGCCGAAGACAGCACGUCGUGGAGGACACGACCCGCAACGUCGUCUUUCGCGACCAAGUCUCCGAAGCUUCGCACGGAGAGACAGAAAUACAACGAAGUAAAGGCGAACAGUCAGCAUCAGCAGUCCUAUGUCGAGCAGCAAACUGAAAAACAAAAAUCAGCCACCGCCGCCGCUACGGCCACCUCCGAGUCGGAGGCGGCAGAAUCAGAAUCCGGAGUCGAGGCCGCGGCGCAGUCCACCAGCGGAUCGCUCCCCGCCCCCGUGGUCGACCAGCUACUCGGGUCGAUCUUGAUGUUGCUCAUCUGCGCGCUCCCGUCGACUUGCUUCUACGUUUCCCACGCGCGACUAUCGUUCCGGGAGCAGCAGAUCGUGGAGGACGAGGUGCGGGGCAAGAUCAAAAAGCAAGAGCACGACAUGGGGAAAAGGAUGAAGCAACAGCAGAAGGCGGCUGCACUUGCGGCGGGGCAAGCAGGAGGGACGGAAGGGGGUGCUGGGGGCAUCGGAGUGAUCCAGGAAGAGCCAGCAGGGGUCGUGCAGGUGUAGUCAGGUGCUGUGUGCGAAUCAACGGUGAGACUUACUUAGAUGAAUGGAUGGGUCAGGGAGUUGUACAAUACGAAUACUCACGUUUUGAGUCGGAGAAACUUCACCUUGUGACAGGUGGUUUCUUCAUUCUGAGGCUGAAGUACAAGCGACACCAAAAACCUAGUUUUGAAGACUACUGUAAGAUCAUGGCACGAGUAUCUACUUUAUUCGCGGUUGUAGCUGCUGUCCC